AUGCUGUCCCUCGCCCUCACCACCCUCCUCGCCCUCCCCUCCCCCCUCCACGCGAAAUCCCUCUGGUCCCCCUCCCCCGCCCCCAGCAGCGAUGUCAUCCGCACCGCCUACCCCCUCGGCAACGCCCGCCUCGCCGCCCUCAUCCACGGCCGCCCCGGCGCCGAGGUGCUGACGCUGAACCUCGACACGCUGUGGUCAGGCGGGCCGUUCGAGUCCGCGACCUACAGCGGGGGGAACCCGAAUUCCUCUGUCGCGGACGUGUUGCCGGGGAUCCGGGACUGGAUUUUCCAGAACGCGACGGGGAAUGUGACGGGCUUGUUGGGCGGGGAUGGGGAGUUUGGGAGUUACCGGGUGCUGGGAAAUUUGAGUGUUGCGGUGCCGGAGGUGGCGGGGAAUGCGUCGGUCGAGGGGUAUAAGAGAGCGCUGGACCUGGCGACGGGGGUCCACAGCACCGCUUUCUCCACCCAGGCCCACGACAUCCAGACGCGCGCGUUCUGCUCGCACCCAGACCAGGUGUGCGUGUACACCCUCUCCUCGCCCCGCGGCGUGCCGCCGCUGGAGAUACGGCUCGACAACACGCUCGCGGGCCCGGAGCUGCAGAGCGCGACGUGCGUCGACGGCAGCAGCGGGAACGGCACCGCGCACGUCCGUCUGCGCGGCGUGACGCAGCUCGGCCCGCCGACAGGCAUGCGGUACGAUGCGAUCGCGCGGGUCGCGGCGGGCGGGCGCGUCACGGCGUCGUGCGAGGCGGGCGCGCUGCGGGUGGUGCCUGCGAACGGGACGACGAGCGUGACGGUGGUGGUGGGCGCGGGGAGCGACUACGACGCCAAGAAGGGGACGGCGGAGUACGAGUUCUCGUACCGCGGGGCGGAUCCGGGGCCGGGGGUUGAGGCGGGGACGCGGGCGGCGGCUGCGAAGACGGGGGAGCAGCUGGAGGACGCGCAUGUGGCGGACUUUGCGGCGCUGACGGGGCGGUUCGCACUCUCGCUCCCGGAUCCGCUGGGCUCUGCGGACACGCCGACGGAGGAGGUGAUUGCGCGGUACAGCGAGGACGACGCCGCGGGCGACCCGUGGCUCGAGGGCCUGUUGUUCGACUACGCGACGUACCUCUUCGUCUCGUCGUCGCGGCCGGGCAGCCUGCCGCCCAACCUACAGGGCCGGUGGAGCGAGGGCCUCUGGGCGGCGUGGUCGGGCGACUACCACGCGAACAUCAACUUGCAGAUGAACCACUGGACGCCGGACCAGACGGGGCUGACGGACCUGCAGACGCCGCUGUGGGACUACAUGGCGGACAACUGGGUACCGCGGGGGCGCGAGACGGCGAGACUGCUGUACGGCGCGCCCGGGUGGGUGGUCCACAACGAGAUGAACAUCUUCGGGCACACGGGCAUGAAGAGCGGGGCCUCGUGGGCGAACUACGCGGCCGCGGCGGCGUGGAUGAUGCAGCACGUGUUCGACCACUGGGAGUACUCGCAGGACGCCGCGUGGCUGCGGGACCAGGGCUACCCGCUGCUCAAGGGGGUCGCCGAGUUCUGGCUGCACCAGCUGCAGGUGGAUGAUUACACCAACGACGGCAGUCUGGUCGUCAACCCGUGUAACAGCCCUGAGCACGGGCCGACCAGCUUCGGGUGUGCGCACUUCCAGCAGCUGAUCCACCAGGUCUUCGACAACACGCUGGCGCUCGCAUCGCCCGCCGCGGAAGCCGACGACGCGUUUACGGCGAACGUCACAGCCGCGCUGGCGCGCCUCGACAAGGGCGUGCACAUCGGCGCCUGGGGCCAGCUCAAGGAGUGGAAGAUGCCCGACACGCUCGGCUACGAGCCCAUGAACGACACGCACCGCCACCUGUCGGAGCUAGUGGGCUGGCACCCGGGUUACAGCGUGUCGGGGCUCGCGGGCGGAUACAGCAACGCCACGAUCCAAGACGCCGUGGCCCAGAAGCUCUACAGCCGCGGCGAAGGGAACGCGCCCGACGCGAAUGCCGGCUGGGCCAAAGUGUGGCGGUCCGCGUGCUGGGCGCGCCUGAACAACACGGAGCGCGCGCACUUCGAGCUGCGGUACGCGAUUGCGGAGAACUUUGUCGGUAAUGGCUUUAGUAUGUACUCCGGGCUCAACACGCCGUUCCAGAUCGACGCCAACUACGGCUUCGGAGGCGUGGUGCUGAGCAUGCUGGUUGUGGAUCUGCCGAAUGCAUUUGGGGAUACCGGGACACGGACGGUGGUCCUCGGGCCUGCGAUCCCAGCGGCCUGGGCGGGGGGGAGUGUGCGCGGGCUGGUGCUGAGAGGGGGUGGAACAGUCAAUUUCGGAUGGGAUGACGCGGGACUGGUGACGGAGGCGACGGUGGAGGGGCGCAGUGCUCCAGUACGUAUUGUGAACAAGGCGGGGCGCGUGCUGGCGGAGGUGUGAUGAAAGUACGUAGUCUUCUCGGAUGAAUCAGAACCGGUCUCUUCAAUUCCAAGGUCGUGUCGUGCGAAUCGUCCAUGAUGUUCUCAAGCAAAGGGUCGACACCACGACCCCCGGUGUUCAAACCGUCCAAAGUCUCCCCGCGUGAAUGCUCGACAUCACACCCCCCGCUCCAGAUCCACAUCCACCAACCCCAACGCACCCCCCACAUACGGCGGCGGAUCCGACCCGGCGCGCCGAUACGCAUGCCUCGGCUGCAGCGACGGAUUGAGCCCCAGCCAGCCACCAAACGUCUCGUCGCCGGCCGGCACAGACCUCAUUUCGAGCUCGCGACUGUGGCGCUCGUGGCUGGGGCGCUCAUCGCUGGACACAGACACUGAGCGCGCGCGAUGCGCCUCCGCAGGCGCCAU